GAAACAUCCAAAAUCUUCACCCUCCCUUCAUCCUAGCACCCCUCCCUUUCAAAUACUUGAUUGAUUGAUGGACCUUUACCUUUGCUACUUCUAUCUUCUUCCAUAUGUAUUUCGCAGCAGAAUUACACAGACGCCAGAGCAUUUUAUCCAAAAAUUUGAUUCCUUCAGAUUCUGUGGAGGCUAAGGCACAGCCUGCGGCAACAUAGAGGACAACAACUUUUGGAUUUUGAACACCUUCUUCUUCAAUAUCCAUAGAUAACCCAUGAUAGUUCAGUACCUUUCCUUCUCCAUUCUUAUUUACCAGGCUCUUUAUCUCCUUAUAUGUUCCCUGUUGAUUUAAUGAAGGAUCUCCUUGUAUAAUUACUUUCUGCCCAUGUACCUCCCAUUUAUUUGAUGGUCUGAUUUUGGAAGUUAGUCUUCGUAUCUCCAAGCUUGUCAACCAUUCCAUGCCCAACACCAUAUGUGUUCCCUUCAUAUCUGCCAUUGUUAGUCAUUUGAUUUCCAUUACUUAUCUGUAAAGAAUAUCCUUCUAUCAUAUGGUAUGAUAACUCCCAUUUUCUCACUAACUCUUGAGAGAUGAAGUUAUGGGUUGCGCCAUUGUCAAUAAGGACUUCAACCCUUAGUUCUCCAGAUUCCCACUUCAAUACUCCUUUCAUCUUGAAGGUUUUCAUGCUUCAAAUCCCUUCCUUAUUUCUUGAGUACAAUUGCAUAGUUUUGAAUUCCAUUUUCGUUCCUUCUUCCACCUUUGUAUCCUUCUUACCAUAUUCAGACUCUUCUUCUCCUUCAGAAUCCUGCAUAAGAACAAAUUUGUAGUCCUUCAUUUUGCAAAUAUGACCUCGAUUCCAAUUUUCCCCACAUUUGAAACAUAACCCCUUCCUACUCAUCUCCUGCAGUUCGUUUUGUGUUAAUCUGAGACUUAUCUUCUUUUGAACAGAAUUGGUUGAUUCCUGCACCUUCUUGUCAUUUGGCUUACUUUCAUUGAUGAUCUUGCCAGAACUUGUAGUAGUAUUAGGACUACUCCUCAAUCUACUGCUAUCUCCCCAAUUUUGAUGAUGAUCUUUAUUCUUCUCUUGAUCAUGGCUUCAUUGUUCUUAUUUUCGAUUAGCCGUUCUUUAUCCAUCACCUUAGCCAGAGUUAUGGUAGUGUGUAGCUUCAAUUCAGCCUUUAUGAUCGUGACGUAUUGAUCAAUUCGGUCGACGAAAGUUUUCUGUCUUCCUUUAGAAUAACCUUCAAUCGAAUCCGUCUCCUUAACUAAAACAACGAAAAUUGAAAGCUGACAUGUUAUCUCCUCCCCUCCGAAAUUGCCUUGACGACUAGGUGACAGAAAUUUGCAACAUCUUUCAUAUUGAUGUCGACACUUCAGCUAGCAAAGGGAACAUCAUCCGUCGUUGAAGAUGACAAGAUGAGUUGUGUGAACUUGGUCAAUAUCCUGCAAAAAUGUUAAAUAGCAUUAUGUUUGUCGUUUGUACUAUCUCCUUGUGUUGGAGCAUGUGCUUCAGUUGUGUAGUUUUGUAUUUUUUGUUGUACGUGUGUUGUCAUAUAUGUUUUGGUUGCACGUGCGUUGUCAUAUAUGUGUUGGUUGCACGUGCAUUGUCACAUACGUGUGUAGGUUUUGGCCAAAACGUAUUGUAUGGGCUCUGUUAGGACUGUGAUCCAUGAUAUUCUUAUGGGCAGCCUAACCCUUCCCAUUAAAUUCUGUAAGCCCCCGCGUCAAUUGUGUUUUGACGUGUUGUAAUAAGGCUUCGUUUGAUGUAAGUCCCCCGUCAAUUGUGUUUUGACAUGUUGUAAGGCUUUGUUUGAUGUAUAUUGGGACAUUAUCUCGUCAAUUAUCAACGGUUCCUGGGCAAAAAAUAAUUCAUUAACGUAGGUUGAAGCCAACGGCUCUCCGACGCUCAAGUUAGUGAUCGUUCAUAUGUGAAUGAAAGUAAUAAAUUACGAAUACAUAUAUGAAACAUAAUAGAAAUCUCAUGUCUAUCUUGUCAUGAGAGUGACUCAUCACGACAGUGAUUCGUGACAGAAGUGACUCGUCACGGAAGUGAUGACAUUAUGACAAUAUGUAAAAGAAAGUAAUAAACUAAAAAUGAAACAAUUUUAAGGGUACCGUAUUGCAGGUCUUUUAGAACCUGUCUCUCAUCGGACGACAUGCCCCCCGUCCAACGAUUUCAAUCAUCUUUUCUUGUCCAUCUUGUCAUGACGUGACGACUUGUUCAUUUGAUCUUGAAUAGGAUUUCCUGUGCCUCCCGUCAUCAAAACUUUGAAGAAAUCUGUUUGCUUCAUCAAAUGAAGGCGAUUGUGACAUGAUCCUGCCUUUGAUGUUUUGAGCCCGUAAAUAAUUUGACACUAUUUCCUCUAUCAACCCCGUCAACCGUCAAUUUUGUCAAAUGCACCAAUGUGAUGUCUCCAUUGACUUCAAGACCCAACACGUCCCUGACGUGCACUUGUCGUGAGGUGCACUCAAAAUAAUAAUCAAUACAACACUAAUACGUAGUAUAGUGAAGUAAGGUUCGUAUCCACAGGGAAAGGAAUACUUUUCUUCUUACAGAAAUAGAUGAGUAACAAUAAGGGGGGUUUAUAUUUGGUUGAUGAGAUUUAAAUUAUAUUUAAACACGAAGAUGAACGAGUUAUGUGAUUUAAUUAAUGAGAAGAAGACUUGGUUUUCCUUUUAUCCACUUAAUGAAAUGUUCGUCGAUCCCGGUUAUAUCUUUAACUAUCUUCCUCUCGAAUACUCAGUCGAGGAGUAUAUCCAAUUCAUCGAGGGUAGUUAUUAAUAACGAGACGCGUUCAUUAAUAAAACUUACUACCGAGUCAAUAUAGAACACGCGCCGUAUAUUUACUUGAUAGUAGCAAUAAAAUCAAGAUGAAAACGAUUGAGAUUGAUAACCUCAACACAAGCGGUUUAUCGGUUUAAUCAAUAUAAUUAAUUCCCCUUGGCUUACUAACCAUGAGACGCAUGCAUUAGCAACCCAAGUUUACUACCGUGAAAGGACCGAGUUAAUAACAAGCGUAUUAAUCGACCGAUUCUAGUAUUAAUCAAUAUAUGAAACAAAGCUAGUUGAUCCUUUAAGUAUUGCUCAAAAUAUUAAUAUGUAAUAGGAAUAGGAAAUAAUUAAUACUCAAGGAAGAAGAUCAAAGAAAAUAACUCACAACUUACAAUUCAUUAAGCUUCAAAGUAGCAAAACCAAGAUGGAAGAGUUUAGCUCCUCAUUUGGAGACUAAACAUGAUAAAAAUAUAAAGAAAGAACUUGUCUAAACUGAGCUUAGAAGUAUAUAGGAAUUGGUGCUUUUAUGGGAAGGAAAUGGGGUGUAUUUAUAGGCUUUUGGGAGCUGCAGGGCUGUGUACCCGAUCGGGUAUAUAGGAUACCCGAUCGGGUAUCUUAGGAAAUUGCCCAGAAACUGAAAAAUAGGGUCAUACCCGAUCGGGUCUGUCGGUCACCCGAUCGGGUAUGACAAUCGAACAUGGCCAAAAUCUUUCCCGCAUGUUGCUCGGUUCCCGGGUUGAUCCGAUUUGAUUUUUUAGAAGGGUACCCGAUCGGGUAUAGGUCAUACCCGACCGGGUACAGACCAAAAACGAAAUCUCCACUUUUUGUCUUGCAUUUUUGCACUUUCCUUCCACUUGUGGUGUUCACCAAUGGUCCCCAAAGUGUUCUUGGACCUGUUUGAGCUCAGAAUAAACCUAAUCUAAACAUAUUACAAAUAUUUUACAAACUAAACUAUUACACCAAAAGUGUGUAAUUUCCGAAGUAACACUCACUCUAAACUAAUUAAAAACACAAAUUUACACAUGGAAAUUACAUGAAUGUCAACUCCCCCACACUUAGCUUCUUUACUCGUCCUCGAGUAAAGUCAAAUGUUUAACAGUUCCAAGUCCUCAAGAGUUCAACAAUCAACAAGAAAAAGCAAAAGACCACCAAGGAUAAAACAUGAGUUUUACAUUGAAUGUUUAGCUCAACGAACAAUAUCUUCUUGGGUUUUAUGGCCUUCUAUGCUCAUCUCUUUUCUUCUCCUCUUUUCAUGUUCAAGAGAUUAAAUGAUGUCCUAUAAAAACAAAUAUCUCUCUCAUAUCUCUCAUUUUGCCUAGGAGCCUUUUCAGGUUUUCAUCCUAGCAUCUCUUUUUAUUUUCCAUCCUUUCCACUCAGUCAUUUUUUUUAAAGCCAUUUUUGCUUAGAUUGCCCAUUUUUGGGUUUUCAACCUAACUAGCAUUUCUUUUCUUUUCCUUUUUUUUUGAUUUUUUUUUAUUUUUUUUUUUUGAAGAAAAUGAUGUUAGUUACAAGGUAUCAAACUUAAGUACGUACCAAUGAGUGACUCCCCCUCACUUAGCUCGAAGCACUGUCCCUAGUGCUUGUCUCCGUCAUACUCGGGAUGAAACAGACAUCCUCGUAGCCUUGAAUUGUCCCCUUGCAUUUGAACUUUCGGCCCUAUCCCUCUUCGGUGCCAUUGAUGCCCUUUUGACGCUUUGAAAUUCGGACUUGGUGUUUUUGGGGUAGGGUUUCGGAUUUUUGGGGAGGGGGAGAGAUGGUGUAAUUGGUGGGUAUGAUGUGGAGAGGAGAGUGAGGGAAGUGUUUGGUGGUGGGUUGAGGGAAUUUGGUUGAGUGAUGAUGGAGAUAUGGAAGGAAAAGGGUCAAAAAUGGUGGGUUUGGGAGAGAGAAAUCGGACAUUGGGGUUUGGGGAAGAAGUGACUUGAAUUGGGUCUGAUUUGGGGUAAAAAGCUCAAGUACCCGAUCGGGUGGUUUGAUAUACCCGAUCGGGUAAUUUAAUUCGAAGGAUUUUUUAGCUUUCCAGAUUAAUUCACCCGACCGGGUGACUCGAAUACCCGACCGGGUAUUAUGUCGUUGUUUUUUUUUUUCUGCUCCAGGGGUUCUCACCGAUCGAGUUUGGGGGUACUUGAUCGGGGAAUUUAAUUCGAAGGAAAAAAUUUUAAAUUUCCGUAAUAUACCCGAUCGGGCCUUAUGGGUACCCGCUCGGGUACCCUCUUGAAAAUUUUCUUACUUCUCGAUCGGGUUUCCUCGAAGCCCUGCCUUUUCAUACGUACCCGAUCGGGUAUAGCAAUGGUGCCCGAUCGGGUACCCUACCCUGGGACGUGUUUUUGUCCAGUUUUAACCUCUUUUUAGUGCGGAUCCGAUCGGUUAAGUGAUGAAGACCGAUCGGAGGUUUUCCCAGGCUUUCAAAACAUGGUUUUCCCUCAUUUUUCUUUUGAGAAUUUUCCCCAUUCUCUCAAAGUUGAUAUUCAAAAACAAAAAUUUUAAAAAGAAAAGAUGAAAGAUGCGUACCUAAGCAUGGGUUGCCUCCCAAGAAGCGCUUUAGUUAACGUCGCGGCACGACAUUAUUAUUAUUUUUUUAUUGUUUUUAUGUGGGAUCGUGAAUAUCCCCUGUUUCAUUCUUUUUCUUCAGCCUUUUCCAGUAAGGCCGAGAUUUCUUCUUUGUUAUCACCUCAAACACAAGUGAUUUACUUUCGUAUUUAGGUGCCUCUUCUUUCAAAAUAGAUUUUUCUUGUUUAAUUCUUUCCUUAAAAAGUGAGGUCUCCUUGGCUUGUUUUCCAACAAAAACGUUUGGUGUUUGUGGUUCAAAAACAUUUAGAGAACAAAGAGAUUGGUCUUUAAAUUGUUUUUUCGUAGAAUCAAAGAUGUUGAAUUCUACCUUUUGGUCAUCAAACUCCAAUGUUAAUGAACCAUUAGACACGUCUAUUUUUGUUUGGGCGGUUUUUAAGAAAGGUCUCCUCAAAAGGAUGGGUGUAGUUUGGUUAUCGGCUUCCAUUUCAAGAAUAUAGAAAUCAACAGGGAAGACCAAAUUUUCAACUUGUACUAGCACGUCCUCUACUACACCCUUUGGGUAUGUGCAAGACCUAUCUGCCAAUUGGAUUACCACCCCGGUUUCAUGCAUAGGGCCAAGUUUUAGGGACUUGUAUAAUGAAUAUGGAAUAACAUUGAUUGAAGCCCCUAAAUCCAACAAGGCCCUAGGAAAUAAAGUGUCCCCUAUUUUGCAUGGGAUAGUGAACAUGCCUGGGUCAUUGCAUUUUUCCGGGAGUUUCCUCUGGAAAAUUGCUGAGACACGUUCACUAACCUUUACCUCUUGUUUUGCCUUCAAUUUAUCUUUCCUUUUUAUUGUGCAUAGUUCUUUUAAAAACUUUGCAUAACGGGGAACACUUUUGAUCAAUUUGAAGAGUGGGAUGUUUACCUCAGAAUCGGCGAAGGUCUCGUAGAGGUCCCGAUCAUUCUUCAGCUUUCUUGUGUCCUUCAGUGCUUCGGGGAAUGGAGGAAGUGGCUCAUAUGAUGAAAGUGGAGGGGAUUUAGUUUUCGUUGGUUCCCCCUCGUUUGGUUGAAAAUCUUCUCCAGGAUCAACCCCAUUUUCAGAUUGUUUUUCUUCCUCAUGCACCUCUUUCAAUGUUGGCUCAUCCCUCAACAUGAUUGCAUUAACAUGUUGUCUCGGGUUUUGCUCCGUUUGAGAUGGGAGUUUACCCGAGUCUUUUGCCUCAAGUCGGCUCACCGCAAUUGAGAUCUGGCUCAUUUGAUUUUCCAAGUUUUGGAUGCUAGAUUUCGUUGUUUCUUGGAAUUGAGCCACACUUUGUUGCAUCGUUGAAAUAUUUGUAGCAAGUGCUCGGAUCAUGUCUUCGGUGGACAUAUUUGAGCUUGAGGUUUGGCCUUGGUGAUUUGGGAAGGAUUGUUGAAAGGGCUGAUUAUGUUGUGUUUGAGGGUUCCCAUAUCUCAAAUUCGGGUGAUCUCUCCACCCGAGGUUGUAAGUGUUAGAGUGUGGAUCGUACCUCUUUUGUUGAUGAGAUUGAAAACCCAAGGCAUUGACUUGCUCUUCUUGGAGAUUUGGGCAAGAAUCGGUUGGAUGCCCCUGUUGUGUGCAUAUGCCGCAGACCUUGACCUCUUGGGUUCUAGGAUUUAAGAGAAAAUCCUUAACUAAAGAAGUCAAGCCGGCAACUUGACUCUCCAAAGAUGAAGAUGAUUCCGUCGCGGCAACUUUACGGGUUGAGGAUCUUCCGUUGUAAUGCCUAGAGUUCUCUGCCAACUCCGAGAGGAGAUUUCUUGCUUGAGAAGGGGUUUUGUUAACAAUGCCCCCUCCGCAUGCCGCAUUCACCAUUCUCCUAUCGUGUUCCGCAAGACCAUCAUAGAAGUAGAGGAUGAGGUCUUGUUCCGUGUAUCCAUGGUAUGGGCAACUGGCACAAAGCUUUUUGAAGCGCUCCCAAUAUUCGUAAAGUGAUUCAUCAUCACCUUGUUCGAUGUUGCUGAUUUGCUUCUUUAGAGAUGAUGAAAUGGAAGCGGGAUAAUACCUUUCCAAGAAGCAUUUUUUCAUGGCCGCCCAUGUGUCUAUACUUCCCGAAGGAAGAUAGAAAAGCCAAUCUUUUGCGGUGUCCUUCAAGGAGAAUGGAAAAGCUCUGAGCUUGAUUUGCUCCUCCGUGACUCCGUUGGGGCACAUGCUCGUGCAUACAAUGUGGAACUCUGACAGAUGUUUGUUCGGAUCUUCCCCCCUUAAGCCAUGGAAGGAUGGCAAAAGAUGAAUGAGCCCUGAUUUUAGCUCAAAUGUAUUACCCUCGUUGAGUGUAGGGAAGGUAAUACAUAACGGCUGUUGAUUCAAGUUCGGAGCUGUGAGCUCCCUUAACGUUCUUGUUUCGAGAGCCAUAGUUGUUGGUUCUUCAGGCUCGCUAGAAUAAGAGCUAGCACUUGAUGAAUCUCCCGAGUCGGUAUUUGAGAAUUUAUUUUUCAACCGCUCGAGAGUUUGCUCUAUUUCGGGGUUUGAUUGGUAGGUGAUUUCGUUCAGUGAACGAUAUUUUACCAUAUACUUCACAAAGCUCAGAAAUAGAAGAAUAAGAACUCUUUAUAUUUUUAUUUAAUUAUAUUUUUUUUUUUAAAACAAAAUAAAAAGAAAAAUAAUUGCUUUUCCCCGGCAACGGCGCCAAAUUUGACGUGCACUUUGUCGUGAGGUGCACUCACAGUAAUAAUACAAUACAACACAAAUACGUAGUAUAGUGAAGUAAGGUUCGUAUCCACAGGGAAAGGAAUACUUUUCUUCUUACAGAAAUAGAUGAGUAACAAUAAGGGGGGUUUAUAUUUGGUUGAUGAGAUUUAAAUUAUAUUUAAACACGAAGAUGAACGAGUUAUGUGAUUUAAUUAAUGAGAAGAAGACUUGGUUUUGCUUUUAUCCACUUAAUGAAAUGUUCGUCGAUCCCGGUUAUAUCUUUAACUAUCUUCCUCUCGAAUACUCAGUCGAGGAGUAUAUCCAAUUCAUCGAGGGUAGUUAUUAAUAACGAGACGCGUUCAUUAAUAAAACUUACUACCGAGUCAAUAUAGAACACGCGCCGUAUAUUUACUUGAUAGUAGCAAUAAAAUCAAGAUGAAAACGAUUGAGAUUGAUAACCUCAACACAAGCGGUUUAUCGGUUUAAUCAAUAUAAUUAAUUCCCCUUGGCUUACUAACCAUGAGACGCAUGCAUUAGCAACCCAAGUUUACUACCGUGAAAGGACCGAGUUAAUAACAAGCGUAUUAAUCGACCGAUUCUAGUAUUAAUCAAUAUAUGAAACAAAGCUAGUUGAUCCUUUAAGUAUUGCUCAAAAUAUUAAUAUGUAAUAGGAAUAGGAAAUAAUUAAUACUCAAGGAAGAAGAUCAAAGAAAAUAACUCACAACUUACAAUUCGUUAAGCUUCAAAGUAGCAAAACCAAGAUGGAAGAGUUUAGCUCCUCAUUUGGAGACUAAACAUGAUAAAAAUAUAAAGAAAGAACUUGUCUAAACUGAGCUUAGAAGUAUAUAGGAAUUGGUGCUUUUAUGGGAAGGAAAUGGGGUGUAUUUAUAGGCUUUUGGGAGCUGCAGGGCUGUGUACCCGAUCGGGUAUAUAGGAUACCCGAUCGGGUAUCUUAGGAAAUUGCCCAGAAACUGAAAAAUAGGGUCAUACCCGAUCGGGUCUGUCGGUCACCCGAUCGGGUAUGACAAUCGAACAUGGCCAAAAUCUUUCCCGCAUGUUGCUCGGUUCCCGGGUUGAUCCGAUUUGAUUUUUUAGAAGGGUACCCGAUCGGGUAUAGGUCAUACCCGACCGGGUACAGACCAAAAACGAAAUCUCCACUUUUUGUCUUGCAUUUUUGCACUUUCCUUCCACUUGUGGUGUUCACCAAUGGUCCCCAAAGUGUUCUUGGACCUGUUUGAGCUCAGAAUAAACCUAAUCUAAACAUAUUACAAAUAUUUUACAAACUAAACUAUUACACCAAAAGUGUGUAAUUUCCGAAGUAACAUUCACUCUAAACUAAUUAAAAACACAAAUUUACACAUGGAAAUUACAUGAGAAAUUAAAAGCCGUCAGAUCAUCGGCCUACGUGUUCUCUUUCCUUGAGACUCAUUGGAUGGUACAUCCGUCGACCGUCAAAUCAAUCAAACCGUCAUGAUUUUGAGUCUUUGACAAUGGCAAGGUUGACAUUAUUUUUGGACUCUUUGCUCCAUAUACACGAUUAAUAUGAUUCAUAAUAAAAAAAGAUGUUACUUACCUGAAAUAAUUUCACCCUUAACUCUUUGACCAUGGUGAGACUCGUAAUGAGCUCUUCACAUUCGACUUUGGUACUUGCGGUUUUGGAAUCACAAUGAGUUGUUCGUGAAAUAUUGUCCCCUUGCGGAGAUUUUUGAAGGAUUUUUUAUUUGAGUAGAACUUACAAAGAAAUUACGUGACUAGGAUCGGGAAGACAACACUUGAGGAAUUGCAUUUAAUAAUAAUUACUGUUUAUUUAAUAAAUUAAUAUAAUAUAACGAUGUUUCAUUCAAUUUUUAUAUGCAUCUAGUUUCUUCACAAUUUUACGUUAAUUUGUUUAAUUCAAUUGAUUCCAAAUUAAAAAAACCAACACAUAUUGUAACUACUAUAUAAUAUAUAUUUUAACUAAUAUUAGUUAAAUUGUAACUACUAAAUAAUAUAUUGUGUAUAGUAUACAAUAUAUAAUUAAGUAUACUACUAUAAUAUGAGGAAAAAAUUCCACUUUUGGUCCCGUGACUAUUAUACCAUUUCCACAUUUCGUCCCUGACUAUCAAUUUGUCUACAUUCAGUCCGCGACCAUCUUCCCCUCACCACCCGUGGUCCUUCCAGUCAAAACUGCGGCUGAAUUUAAUUAAGCCACUUAAGGGGGGAGGGGGUAGUUGAGUCAUUUAAUAUCAUAUAAACUCAUGGCACCUAACUCCCUCCCUCCCUCUUCAUCACCCAUAACAUAAGAACUAACCAGGUCCAAAAAAUUGGAAGUUCAUUGAACCUUAAUCCCUAAUUCUUUGAAGAAUGUCUACUGCUAAAUUUGCAAGUUUGAAUUCCGGAGGUCAAUACGAAUAUGGCGAGUGGAUUCCAAUCACCUAUUGCGAAUGUGACCAACAAUUAAAGCUUUUGACAACAUGGAAAGCAGAGAACAGUGGGAGAAGAUUUUGGAAAUGCAUUGGAAGUCAGGAUGCUUACAUUGUGUUGGUGCAGCCAUGUAAAGGGUGUGGUAUGAUGGAGUGGUUUGAUCCUCCAAUGUGCAAGAGAUCUCAAAAAAUAAUUUUGGGGCUGUUAAAAAAGAUGAAUGGGUAUGAGGAAAAAAUUCGUACAUUGGAGAUGAAGCUUGAAACAUUAGAGGUUGAAGGGUUCAAACCAGAGAAGAAGAGGCAGGAAUGUAGUGAAUAUAGUAGGGCACUGGUUUGCAUUGUUGCGGUUCUUGUUGUAUUUGUAUCCAUGUAUAUCAAAGCCACAUAAUGUGGUUGUAGUGUUUAGGUUCUGUAAUGCUGGCUUUGUUUUAUAUUCACCCAUGAGGUGUGAUGGUGUUGUACUACCUGAAUAUUAUGAGUAUGAUAUUAAUUUAUUUAAUUAA